AUGUUUGUAAACUGUGGCUUUACUCCCUAACCAAGAUUACAGUCUCUCUCUCUUUCUCUCUUUCAGACUCUGGAGUAAACUGUAAGCAAGGAAGCCUCUCUCCUAUGGUUGCGUGUGUAUGACUAUGCUGCUGCUGGUAGCACUGGGCAUGGUCUGUACUUACACUGUGGUCAGUGCAGAAGAGGCUGAGAACACUAGCCGCAAACCACCAUUAAACUACAGCAGCUUCUCCUUGCCACCGGAGCAUGUACCCUACUUCCUGUACAACAACAAGAGAGUGGCCAAGAUCUGUCGUCAGGAUCCACUUUGCCCCUUUAAGGAUGCUCUGCUGGAUGUGUCAGCUUGUUGGGGCUAUGAGAAGAAAUGUGCCCCAGAAAACCGCUUUAGCUAUCCUGUAUGCACCAAGGUCGACCCUGCAUGGGUCAGCUCAGUUGAGGCAGCCCAGGAUGUGUUCUGGACGCAGGCUGACUUUGGUUACGUCAAGGAGCGCCUCAGUGAGAUGAAGACUAUCUGCAAGGCUUCCAGUCCUGAGGACUCAUCUCUGAAAUGCUCCAGCCACACACGCUUCUGCCGGGCAACCAACCUCUACCUGGACCUACGGAACCCCCCAAGAGGUCAUGAGAGGUAUAAGGAGGACUUCCUUCAACAGGGAGAGAUUGGAGGACACUGCAGACUGAACAAGAGAGCGCUGUCUGCAGAGGGAGACCACAAGAGCCCUCUACAGUCCUGGUAUGCUGAACUGCAGACGUACACAGAAUUAGACUUCUACCCCACUGAGCAUGAGCACUGUGAUGUCAUCAUAGAGAAACCCACCAUAUUCAUGAAGCUAGAUGCAGGUGUGAACAUGUACCAUCACUUUUGUGACUUUGUCAACCUGUACAUCUCUCAGCACAUCAACAACUCGUUCAGCCGAGACGUCAACAUCGUCAUGUGGGACACGAGCUUUUAUGGAUAUGGUGAUUUAUUUAGUGAAACAUGGAACGUCUUUUCUGACUAUGAUAUCAUCCAUUUGAAAACCUUUGACUCUAAAAGGGUGUGUUUCAAAGACUCCUUCUUCUCGCUCCUCCCAAGAAUGAGAUACGGCCUGUUUUACAACACACCUCUGAUAUCUGAGUGCCACAGUGAAGGGAUGUUCAAGGCUUUCUCCCAGCAUGUCUUACAUCGACUCAACAUUUCACAGGAACGAUCCCAGCAGGGGCGUGUUCGUGUCACCCUGUUAGCACGAAGCACAGAGUACCGUAGGAUAUUAAACCUGCAGGAGCUUGCUAACGGCCUGAAGACUGUGGCUUUAUUGGAGGUCAAAGUGUUGGAUUACAAAUACAAGGACCUUCCAUUCCUGGAGCAGCUCAGGACCACCCACAACUCUGACAUCUUCAUUGGGAUGCAUGGGGCAGGCCUUACACACCUCCUCUUCCUCCCCGAUUGGGCUGUCAUUUUCGAGCUAUUUAAUUGUGAGGAUGAGAGCUGCUAUCGAGAUUUGGCUCGGCUGCGGGGGAUCCGAUACGUGACUUGGCAGAAAAGGGACAAAGUGCUCCCGCAGGACAAGGGCCAUCAUCCCACUCUGGGGGACCAUCCGAAGUUCACCAACUACUCCUUCGACGUGGAGGAGUUCAUGCGCCUGGUUCUGGAGGCAGCUGACUAUGUCACGCAGCACCACAGGUGGCGAUUGCGGCCUCGACGUGAAGAACUGUAGGUCUGCAGCACAGUGGGACUCCUUACACUAAACCUCUGCCAACAUCAUUACUGAAAACAGUAUCUGUAAACACUUUGGCUUGUUUCCAAAGUUGAGGUACACUUAAGGAAACACAGCAUUUUCCAAAACCUUCAUCAAAAGUAUUUGUGUGUGUGUUGACUUAUCAGCCAGAGCCUUACCUGCACCACUGUCAUACAGUUAGUAUGUUAAUCAUGCUAAUACUGAGCCUGAUAGGCAUCGAAGGGAAGACAAUGACACCACCCAUUGCUGACUAACCUUUGCUCCUUGAAUUUGUUUUUUUUUUAUAGCAUUUUAGUGUGCCUGCAUGUGUCUUCAUGUGUGCACUCCACACGCUAAGCAGGUGUGUCACAUACCAAGUGUUUUAAACUGGUCAGUAUUUUCCUUGAGACACUGAUCGGUCUGUAAAUGAAUAUAAAAUGGCAUUUGUUACACAGAAUGUUCCUUUUGCCCACUGUUCAGCUACAGUAGCCCCUCAUUAGUUUAAAUGGUCUAAUGUCAGUGAUAUAACCAGACAACUUAACUUUCUUGCAGAGAAAUUAUGUGAAAAAUAAUUAAUAUUAUACUUCAACAGUAUUCCAAAAGAAGUGUGUUUUUCUACUUUUAAAGAGUAUCGAUGUUUUAUUUAUUAGUGUGAUACAGUUCAACUGAGUCAGACGUUUCUGUCAAGGAUGUACAAGGUUUGUAAUUUCAUAUUCAAAAAACGUAAUAUUUUUUAAUAAAUAUUUUCUAAAAAGCU